CAGGUUUUAAUAAUCUGAAAAUGUCGGCUGUAUUUGAUGAAAGAGAAGAAUACUUGAAGAGCCCCUAUUUUAAGAAACAUAUUUUUAGUGACUAUAGUCCAUUUUAUAUUACAGUAACAAUCUGUGCUAUCCUUGGAUUAUCGUUAUUCAUCUUGAAUUUUGUUCUUGGAUGCUGCUCCAAAUACUCAAACUAUUGGAACGAUAGACAUACAGGCAACCGUUGGUUAAUAUCGUUGUGGACUGCAACUCCUCAUCAGCAACCUCCCCUGGAUUACACAGAGCUAAAAAUUAUAUCAGUGGCAAAAGAAAAUUCAAAACUUCCUCCAUCUCCUCAGUCUCAGAAAGUAGAAUAUUCAGAACUACAAAAACGGGAGAGUGACAUCUAA